AGAUCUCUGAAGACCAUGAUCAAGAAAAGAAUCUGUGUGAUUGGGGCUGGAGUCUGUGGGCUCUGUUCUAUCAAGUGUUGCCUGGAUGAAGACUUGGAACCUGUUUGCUUUGAAAGGACUGAUGACAUUGGAGGGCUCUGGAGGUAUCAGAAAAAUCCUGAAGAAGGAAGAGCCAGUAUUUACAAAUCAGUGAUCAUCAAUACUUCUAAGGAGAUGAUGUGCUUCAGUGACUACCCCAUCCCGGAUCAUUAUCCUAACUUCAUGCACAAUUCCCAGAUCCUAGAAUAUUUCAGGAUGUAUGCCAAAGAUUUCAACCUUUUAAAGUAUAUCCAGUUCAAGACUACUGUGUGCAGUGUGAAGAAGCAGCCUGAUUUCUCUACUUCAGGACAAUGGGAGGUGGUCACUGAGUGUGAAGGAAAAAAGGAGGUUAAUGUCUUUGAUGGAGUCAUGGUUUGCACUGGCCAUCACACUAAUGCUCACUUACCUCUGGAAAGUUUUUCAGGAAUUGAGAAGUUCAGAGGACAGUAUUUCCACAGUCGAGACUAUAAAAACCCAGAGGCAUUUGCUGGGAAAAGAGUCAUUAUAAUUGGCAUCGGGAAUUCUGGAGGGGAUCUGGCUGUAGAGAUUAGCCACACAGCCAAGCAGGUAUUCCUCAGCACCAGGAGAGGGGCUUGGAUCCUGAAUCGUGUAGGGGACUACGGAUAUCCUUUUGAUGUGGUACACUUUUCUCGACUUAAACAUCUUAUAUCAAAGAUAUGUGGUCAAGCAUUAACAAGUACAUUUUUGGAAAAACGUAUGAAUCAAAGAUUUGAUCAUGAAAUGUUUGGCCUGAAGCCUAAACACAGAGCUCUGAGCCAGCAUCCAACAGUAAAUGAUGAUCUGCCUAACCGUAUAAUUUCUGGCUUGGUGAAGGUGAAAGGAAAUGUGAAAGAAUUCACAGAAACAGCUGCCAUAUUUGAGGAUGGCUCCAGAGAGGAUGACAUUGAUGUUGUUAUCUUUGCAACAGGCUAUAGCUUUGCCUUUCCUUUUCUUGAAGAUUCUAUCAAAGUGGUCAAAAAUAAGAUAUCCCUAUAUAAAAAAGUCUUCCCCCCCAACCUAGAAAAGCCAACUCUUGCAAUCAUAGGCUUGAUUCAACCCUUAGGAGCCAUUAUGCCGAUUGCAGAGCUCCAAGGACGCUGGGCUACUCAAGUAUUUAAAGGGCUAAAGAAAUUGCCCUCACAAAGUGAAAUGAUGGCAGAUAUAGCUAAGACUCAAGAGGAAAUGGCAAAAAGGUACGUGGAAAGCCAACGCCAUACCAUUCAGGGAGACUACAUUGAUACCAUGGAUCAGAUUGCUGAUUUGGUGGGAGUCAGGCCUAAUCUACUGUCUCUGGCCUUCACUGAUCCCAAGCUAGCAUUACAGUUAUUUUUGGGACCUUGUACUCCAGCCCAGUUUCGUCUACAGGGCCCUGGAAAGUGGGAUGGGGCUCGAAAAACCAUCUUUACCACACAUGAUCGUAUCAGGAAGCCUAUGAAAACAAGAGUAAUUGAAAAGAGUAAUUCCAUAGCUUUAACAAAGACAAUGGGCAGGAUUAUGCUAGCUGUUAUUUUCUUUGCAGUGAUUAUGGCUUAUUUUUAG